ACACGGUUUCCCUGUGGUGUGUAGAUACUGCGACAAACAUGGCUGUUUCCUACCUUUUGCUCGCAGUUUCCAUCGUAUUCUCGUACAUAAACCCAAUCGCUGCGAAAUCAUUCACCAUCGACUUUGACAACAAUAGGUUCUUGAAGGAUGGUCAACCGUUUCGCUACAUUUCUGGAGGAAUUCACUAUUUUCGGGUGCCACAGUUCUUCUGGAAAGACAGACUUUUGAAAAUGAAGGCUGCAGGAAUGAACGCAAUCCAAACCUAUGUGCCUUGGAAUUUGCACGAGCCAACACCGGGAAAAUACAACUUCGAUGGUGGUGCAGAUCUGCUCUCUUUUUUAGAGUUAGCUCACAGUCUGGACUUGGUGGCGAUUGUCCGAGCUGGGCCCUAUAUUUGCGCGGAAUGGGACUUUGGAGGCCUACCAGCCUGGCUUUUGAAAAACUCUUCAAUCACUCUAAGAUCGUCCAAGGACCAAGCUUAUAUGUCAGCUGUGGAUUCAUGGAUGGGGGUGCUAUUGCCGAAACUGAAGGCUUAUUUGUAUGAACACGGUGGCCCAGUUAUUAUGGUCCAGGUUGAAAACGAGUAUGGUAAUUACUAUACAUGUGAUCACGAAUAUAUGAACCAUUUAGAAAUCACAUUCAGACAGCACUUGGGGAGUAAUGUAAUCCUAUUCACAACUGACCCUCCGAUCCCAUAUAAUCUCAAAUGUGGAACUCUGCUGUCCCUUUUUACUACUAUAGACUUUGGUCCAGGUAUUGACCCAGCCGCAGCAUUUAACAUACAGCGGCAGUUUCAGCCUAAGGGCCCAUUCGUUAAUUCAGAGUAUUACACUGGCUGGCUAGACCACUGGGGUGAACAGCAUCAAACAAAGACUUCAGAAUCUGUGUCUCAGUACCUUGACAAAAUCCUGGCUUUGAAUGCAUCUGUGAAUCUCUAUAUGUUUGAAGGAGGUACCAAUUUUGGAUUUUGGAAUGGUGCAAAUGCUAAUGCUGGUGCUAGUAGCUUUCAGCCUGUUCCAACAAGUUAUGAUUAUGAUGCACCACUGACGGAGGCUGGAGACCCCACAGAGAAGUACUUUGCCAUAAGGGAGGUGGUUGGAAAACAUGCAUCACUUCCUGACAUUCCCAUUCCUCCAGCCACACCCAAGUAUUCUUAUGGAACAGUGGAAAUGAAAAGAGGUGCGCGCAUGAUUGAUAUCCUGUCAGAGUUGACCCCGGGUGGUCCAUACAAGUCAAAAUACCCUCAAACGAUGGAAGAACUUGACCAAUACAGUGGUUUUGUCUUGUACCGUAGUCAGAUUCCUUCCAUGUUUACACAGUCUACAAGGAUGCUGAAUGUUGAAGGACUUGUCCGUGACAGGGCUAUUGUAUACGUGGGUAGCAUCAGACAAAGGACCCUCAACCGUACAAAAGGAGAGUCCAAUGCCACAAUUGUCAUAUCCGAAUUUCUGGAACUUGAUAUCUUGGUAGAGAAUAUGGGACAUAUUGGUUAUGGCUCUGAAAUGGUUGACCCCAAAGGACUUGUUGGAAACGUCACAAUUGAUAAUGUUCAGAUUCUGAAUUGGGAAAUGUAUCCACUAAAUCUUGAUAAUGCUGUUAAGAACCAUAAAAUGCAAUCCUUAUUGGCAAGUGCUCUCCCUGGAACUGACAAUGCUAUCUCACCAACAUUCUACACUGGAGUGAUCCCCGCUGCCCCAUUUGGUGAUACUGGAUUUGAUUGCUACUUGCGAUUAGAUGGCUGGAGUAAAGGCGUUGUCUUCAUUAAUGGGUUCAACUUGGGCCGGUACUGGCCAGUCGUAGGGCCCCAGAAGACCUUGUAUGUCCCAGCCAGUGUAUUGUCUGCCGACCAAAAGCAGAGUUCGCUAGUGAUCCUUGAACUUGAUGAUUCCCCAUGUGAUUAUCCUGAAACUUGUCUCGUAAGUUUUGUCACAGACCCAGUUGUAAAUGGCACCACAAGCCCUAUAUUUAGGCCUCCCUUUAAAGACACCAUCCCUUAAAGCAAAUUAUUUGAAUUUGCAAACAUAGAUUUAUUGAAGAUUCUUAAUUAUUUUGUUUUAUUCUAAUGACCCAUUUCCUAAAAGAUAUUAAAUUUCGCGGUCUUUAUAGAUUAUGGAAACAUUUUGUUUUAAGAUUUAUUUUAGAAGUUAUUAAUUAUUUGUGAUUAGGUUUUGGGCUUCAUGCAUUUUUUUGGUGUACAGGCAAAUGUAUCUUAGUUUUCAACUCAUGCUAGAUAAAAAAACCCACAUAAAGAAAUAUUUUCAAUAAAGAUAUUAUUUAGA